GAGAAUAAUUUUAUUUUAUUUUAGAAAACUCCUUCAAAAGUUAUCAUACAAUCUUUAAUUUUUUUAUUUAUGCAAAGGGAUUUCAUAUUAUUUUGUUUGUUCACGUAACAUUUUCAAAUUUUUAAUUAUGAAUUUAGCAGCAUUAACGAAAGCUAGUAAUACAUUGUUGAGAUCGUCUACUCGAGUACCCCUACGAGUGGUGGCACGUACAAAUUAUGUAAAUGUGAAUAGGGAUGCAGAAUUUGAAAAUUUGAGUUGGGGAGCCAUGACUGAUCAAGCUAUUUCUUAUGCGUUUCUUACAGAAAUUUAUAGAGGUGCUGCUGUGUCAUUGGCUCAUUUCUUCAAAGAGCCAGCAACUAUAAAUUAUCCAUUCGAGAAAGGCCCUUUGUCACCACGUUUCCGUGGAGAACAUGCUCUUAGACGUUAUCCAUCUGGUGAAGAAAGAUGUAUUGCGUGUAAACUGUGCGAAGCUAUUUGUCCAGCUCAAGCAAUUACUAUUGAAGCUGAAGAAAGAGCUGAUGGUAGUCGUCGUACUACACGUUAUGAUAUUGAUAUGACUAAAUGUAUCUAUUGUGGUUUUUGCCAAGAAGCAUGUCCAGUAGAUGCUAUUGUUGAAGGUCCAAAUUUUGAAUACUCAACUGAAACUCAUGAAGAACUCUUGUAUAAUAAAGAGAAGUUAUUAAAUAAUGGUGAUAAAUGGGAAUCAGAAAUUGCUGCAAAUAUACAUGCUGAUCAUCUUUAUCGUUAAUAUUAUUAAUGAACAUAGCAAUUAUAAGUGUUUUAGAAUUUUUUUUUUUUUUUUUCAUGAAACAGAUGUUUAAUAAAAACAAUACUUGCUAAUAUAUUAGAUUCUGACUAUAUGCAAUAUAUAUUGUACAUGGUU